UCUCAGCCUCGCCUACUGCCGCCGUUCAUUACUCAGCCCAUCUCUCUCCCAAGUCCGCCGCACCCAAAUGGCCACCUAGGCUAGGCUAAGGCUGGGCCGGCGCAAUGUCGCACUGCCUCCGCGUCUCGCCCUUCCUCGCGCCGCCGCCGCUCCUCCUCUGCCGGCCCCGCCGCGCGCGCGGCGGCGGCGGCCACCGCCACCGCCACGCACCUCGGCCCAUCCUCACCCUCGCGCGCUACGACCCGCCGCCGCUCCUCCGCCUCAAGGUCUCCGACUCCAGCGACUGCCCUCCCGCCGCCGCCCACCACCCCCACCACCGCCCGCGCCCCCUGAUCGCCCCCCUCGCCUCCAUAUGGCGCGAGGGCCUCUUCCUCGUGCGCUGCUCCGCCUUCGCCGCCAUCCUCUCCAUCACCGCCGCGCUCUCCUGGUACGCGCAGCUCCGCGCCAGGGCCUUCGUCGAGGCGCGGCUCCUCCCGGCCGCGUGCGAGCUACUCAGCGACCACCUCCAGCGCGAGGUCCGCGUCGGCAAGGUGCGCAGCGUCUCGCCGCUCGGGAUCACGCUCCACGCCUGCUCCCUCGGCCCGCACCCCCGCGACUUCUCCUGCGCCGAGCUCCCCGUCGUCAAGGUCAGAAUCAACCCCCUCGCCUCCCUCCGCCGGGGCCGCCUCGUCGUCGACGCCCUCCUCUCCGACCCCACGGCGCUCGUCGCGCAGACCAAGGACUUCUCCUGGCUCGGCAUCCCCGCCCCCUCGGACACCGCGCCCAAGCGGAGCUCCGACGAGGAGGGCAUCGACUUCCGCACCAGGACCCGGCGGCUCGCCCGGGAGCAGGGCGGGGAGCAGUGGGACGCUCAGCGGGACGCCGCUGCUAGGCACGCCGCUCAAACGGGAUACCUAGUUCCCAGCAGUCAAUCCCAAACUUCACCCUCCCCCGACGAGAUCUUACUGCAGGAUGAUGACCGGCCUGUCGGGGCCGGGAAGUCGAGCCCGCCCCUCUGCGCCGAUGAGAUGCACAGGAAGGACCGGCACAUGGAUGUGCCGGGCAUCGGUUCGAGCUCGAAGCACGCGGAUUUGGAGAAGACCUUUGGCGUGAAAUCUCGGAUUAUUCCAGGACUCAACUUCUGGUCCAGGAUGAUCCCCAACCCUGCCAAGCGGAGGCACAGGAGAAAGGCUCACAGCAAGGUGCUAUCGGAUACUGACAGUUCCUCUCAGGAAAGGAUCCUCCGGCGCAGUGCAGAGGCUGCCCUGGCGUAUUUUCGAAACAUCGAUAGUGGUAAAAUCGGUAGCUCAUCCCCUGGCCCUGGGAGUAACUCGUCUGACGGGGGUCAUACGGAUGCUGGAGCCACUCCGAAUAAUGUGCCAGUUGUCAGCUCUGAUGAGGUGCCAAGGAAUUCUGGCGAGUUGCCACCCGGCAGUGGCCAUUUUGUGGACUAUCCAGGUCCAGGAAACUCUGCAAGUGCAACGCUGAUCAUCAAUACAGAUGAUAUCUAUAAACCUAGCCAGCGUAGUUCACAGCAAGGCCACACGUCGGAGGAACUUGGAAGUCUAUCUGAUGAUAAUAUUGGCCCUCAGCAGGAAUUCACUUCCGGGGAUCUUGGUUCGUGCACAUAUGCUUACAACUGGGCGUCAUUUUGGCCUUUCCAGUUGAAGGGGCCCCAUGUUAGUUUUAAUGCACCGUAUGCUUCUCUGGGUGUUGAAAUUCAGAAGUUCAAGUCGCGAUUUGCUAUCGGUCUCGGAGACGCCCCUGCUGAACUCGUAGAAGGGGUUGGCCAGAUCCAUCCCGGUGGGGCUCAGAAUACACUUCCCAUCACACUAGAUUCUGUUUAUUUCAGCGGAGGGAACUUGAUGCUUCUGGGAUAUGGUGAUCAGGAACCCAGGGAAAUGAAACAAGCUAAUGGACACGUCAAAUUCAAAAACUCUUAUAAUCGUGUACAUGUCCAUGUCACUGGGAACUGCAUGGAGUGGAGACAAGAUCAAACUUCUCAAGGAGGGGGUUACCUUUCUACAGAUGUUUUUGUUGACAUAGCUGAGCAAACAUGGCAUGCUAAUCUGAAUGUAGUCAAUGCCUUUGCCCCGCUGUUUGAGCGUAUCCUAGAAAUACCAAUUGUCUGGCACAAAGGAAGAGCAACUGGUGAGGUGCAUAUCUGUAUGUCGAAAGGUGAUAGUUUUCCGAGCAUUCAUGGUCAGCUUGAUGUGAAAGGCCUAGGUUUCCAGAUAUUAGAUGCCCCGUCAUCGUUUUCGGAAAUAGUGGCAACUCUAUCGUUUCGUGGUCAAAGAGUAUUUCUGCAUAAUGCAAGUGGUUGGUAUGGUGAUGUUCCUGUUGAAGCUUCUGGUGAUUUUGGUCUAAAUCCUGAGGAUGGAGAGUUCCAUUUAAUGUGCCAGAUUCCUUCUGUCGAAGUUAACGCACUUAUGAAGACGGUGAAAAUGAAGCCUCUAAUGUUUCCGUUGGCUGGUGCUGUUACUGCUGUAUUUAAUUGUCAAGGGCCUCUUGAUGCUCCUGUUUUUGUUGGAAGUGGGAUUGUCUCAAGGAAAUCUCUUUCAGUAUCUGGUAUGCCUCCAUCUGCAGCUUCUGAAGCUGUGAUGCAAAAUAAAGAGGCUGGUGCAGUUGCUGCAUUUGAUCAUAUUCCUUUUUCUCACGUAUCAGCUAAUUUCACUUUCAACCUGGAUAACUGUGUUGCAGACUUAUAUGGUAUAAGAGCAUGCCUUUUGGAUGGUGGAGAAAUUCGAGGGGCUGGUAAUGCAUGGAUUUGCCCAGAGGGGGAAGUUGAUGAUUCUGCUAUGGAUAUUAAUUUAUCUGGGAGCAUUUUACUUGAUAAGGUUUUGCAUCGUUACAUCCCUGGAGGUAUCCAGCUGAUUCCACUCAAAAUCGGCGAGCUCAACGGAGAGACUAGACUUUCUGGUCCCCUGAUUAGACCGAAAUUUGAUAUCAAAUGGGCAGCACCGAAUGCAGAAGAUUCUUUUUCUGAUGCACGCGGCAACAUUGUUAUUGCGCAUGAUUAUAUUAAGGUUAACUCAUCGUCAGUUUCAUUUGACUUAAAUACUCGUAUUCAAACAUCAUAUAUUGAUGACUACUCGUCGCACAAGGAGAUGCAUCAAAUGAAAAAAAUAAUGCCACUAGUUGUGGAGGGUGUCGAUUUGGAUUUACGUAUGCGAGGCUUUGAAUUCGCUCAUAUAGCUUCUUCGAUACCUUUUGAUACACCAAGGCCAUUACAUUUGAAAGCAUCUGGAAGGCUCAAAUUUCAAGGAAAAGUGGUGAAACCUAGCCAUAUAGUUGAUGAAAAGAUCUAUGGUGCUCUUCGAAGUAUUGUUGACCAAAGUAAGGUCCAGAGCGAUGUGUCAAUGCUUGUCGGGGAGAUUUCUCUGUCCGGAAUAAAACUUAACCAACUUAUGCUGGCACCUCAGUCUACUGGUUUUCUUUCCUUGUCACAAGAUUCAGUGAUGUUAAGUGCUACAGGCAGGCCUGAUGAAAAGAUUUCCAUAGAAGUGAACGGGCCGUUGUUUUUUGGUAGAAAUGAGGUCAUUCAAGAUGAAAGCCUUCUAUCAAUUUUUCUCCAAAAGGGGCAGCUGAAAUCUAAUAUAUGUUAUCAUCCCGAAAGUUUGACUAAUUUGGAGGUUCGGAAUUUGCCACUCGAUGACUUGGAGCUUGCAUCGUUACGUGGAUUUGUUCAGAAGGCAGAAGUUCAGCUUAAUUUCCAGAAAAGAAGAGGUCACGGUUUGUUAUCAGUAAUUCGUCCCAAAUUUAGUGGUGUGCUUGGUGAAGCACUUGAUAUAGCUGCUCGAUGGAGUGGUGAUGUUAUUACAAUGGAAAAGUCAGUCCUAGAGCAAUCUAAUAGCAAGUAUGAGCUUCAGGGGGAAUAUGUAUUUCCUGGAACACGUGAUAGAUUUCCUAUGGAAAGUCAUGGUAAUGGGUUCAUAGAGAAAGCAAUGGGAGGACAUCUUGGCAGCAUUAUGUCUUCGAUGGGCAGGUGGAGGAUGAGACUAGAAGUUCCUGACGCUGAAGUAGCUGAAAUGCUUCCCUUGGCACGGCUUCUUUCACGAAGUACAGAUCCAGUUAUUCGUUCUAGAUCGAAGGAACUUUUUAUGCAAUGCCUGCAUUCUGUUGGAUUCAAUGCUGAAAGUCUUCGAGACCAGAUAAAGGCAGUCGAAAUGUAUCAUGAUUGGUUGGACGAUGAUACAAUUGAAGACAUAACUCUCCCUGCCUUAGCUGAACUGAAAGGUUAUUGGCGUGGCUCUCUUGAUGCCAGUGGAGGAGGGAAUGGAGAUACUAUGGCUGAUUUUGAUUUCAAUGGUGAAGAUUGGGAGUGGGGCACUUACAAGACGCAGCGUGUUCUGGCAUCUGGUUCAUAUAGCAAUAAUGAUGGUCUACGUCUUGAUAAAUUGUUUAUUCAGAAGGAUAAUGCCACCCUUCAUGCUGACGGAUCGAUUCUUGGCCCGCUAACGAAUCUUCACUUCGCUGUGCUUAAUUUCCCAGUCGGUCUUAUACCAGCUUUAGUUCAGGCUCUAGAAUCAUCAACUACAGACUCGAUUCACUUUCUGAGGCACUGGUUGACACCAAUAAAAGGUAUUUUGCACAUGGAGGGAGAUUUGAGAGGUACUCUUGCAAAACCAGAAUGUGAUGUUCAAAUUAGACUUCUUGAUGGCACCAUUGGAGGCAUUGAUCUUGGAAGAGCUGAAGUAUUGGCUUCUGUAACCCCAACCAGCCGUUUUGUUUUUGAUGCAAAUUUUGAACCAACUAUUCAAAGUGGACAUGUUAACAUUCAAGGUAGUAUCCCUGUCACGUAUGUAGACAGCAGCUCCAUGGAGGAAAAUUUGGAAGCUGGAGAUGGUAAACAGGGUAUAAUAAGAAUCCCUGUUUGGGCAAAAGACAGAGGGUCAUCUAAUGAAAUCAGUGAAACUAGAAUUGUGAGGGACAAGCCGGAGGAUGGUUGGGAAUUUCAGUUGGCCGAAAGUCUAAAAGGUUUAAGUUGGAAUUUUCUUGAACCAGGUGAAGUGAGGGUAAAUGCAGAUAUAAAGGAUGGUGGCAUGAUGUUGAUAACCGCGCUGAGUCCUUACGCGAACUGGCUUCAAGGUUACGCUGAUGUGCUCCUUCAGGUUAAAGGCACUGUCGAUCAACCUGUUGUUGAUGGGUCUGCAUCAUUUCAUCGAGCAACUGUGACGUCUCCUUUCCUCCGGACGCCACUUACAAAUUUUGCUGGUAAUGUUAAUGUCAUAUCCAACAGACUGUGCAUCAAUUCCAUGGAAAGCAGGGUUGGGAGGAAAGGGAAAUUGUCGAUGAAAGGGACCCUACCGCUGCAAAAUAGCGAGCCAUCAGCCAGUGAUAAGAUUGAGUUGAAAUGUGAAGUUCUGGAUAUACGAGCAAAAAAUGUUUUAAGUGGCCAAGUAGACAGCCAGCUGCAGGUUACAGGCUCAAUUCUGCGGCCAGAUGUCUCUGGGAUGAUCAGAUUAAGCCAUGGCGAAGCAUAUUUGCCUCACGAUAAAGGCAAUGGUGCUGUUACUACUAGGUUGGCUUCAAACAAGUCCAGCUAUCUUCCUGCUGGUUUUGGUCAAACAACCACUUCACAGGAUGUCUCACGUUUCCUGGGAGCACUCUCAACUUCGCCAGACAGUCAGCAAACAGAAACAGAAAGGACUCUUGAGCAUGGAAGUUUCAAGCCAAACAUUGAUGCCCGACUCAAUGACCUGAAGCUCACGUUGGGACCAGAACUAAGAAUUGUUUAUCCUUUAAUUCUGAAUUUUGCUGUCAGUGGCGACCUUGAGCUUAAUGGCAUGGUUCAUCCAAAGUACAUAAGACCGAAGGGUAUUUUAACAUUUGAAAACGGUGAGGUAAACUUGGUAGCUACACAGGUUAGACUUAAAAAUGACCAUUUAAAUGUAGCAAAGUUUGAGCCUGAUCUUGGUUUGGAUCCUGUUCUGGAUCUCGUCCUUGUUGGAUCUGAAUGGCAAUUCAAAAUCAUGAGUCGAGCAAGCAUGUGGCAAGAUAAUCUAGUUGUAACGUCGACACGCUCUGUGGACCAGGAUGUUUUGUCACCUAGUGAGGCUGCAAAGGUUUUUGAGUCACAGCUUGCAGAGUCACUAUUGGAAGGUGACGGACAGCUUGCUUUCAAGAAGCUCGCAACUGCAACUCUAGAAACUUUGAUGCCAAGGAUUGAAGGCAAGGGUGAGUUUGGACAAGCACGGUGGCGGCUGGUUUAUGCUCCCCAGAUUCCGAGUUUGCUGUCUGUAGAUCCAACGGUUGACCCACUCAAAUCACUGGCAAACAAUAUCUCUUUUGCUACGGAGGUUGAAGUUCAGCUUGGAAAACGCCUUCAGGCCUCUGUUGUAAGGCAGAUGAAAGAUUCAGAAAUGGCGAUGCAGUGGUCGCUGAUAUACCAGCUAACAAGUAGGCUCCGUGUCCUCUUCCAAUCUACACCGUCCAAUCGGCUUCUCUUUGAGUACUCGGCAACGUCACAGGAUUGAUCCAUUUUUGCCACUUGCACAGUCAGUUGCUAUCUUAGACAAAGGUUCCGUGUCCCCCGAUUAUUUGUUUCUGUAGAUAAUGCAAGUAUUGGCACUCCUGCGUUUUUUUGCUCUUGGCUGUAGGUAGAUUUCUUGGAAACAAAGUUUCUGAGACUGUACAUACGUAGCAAGUCGAGCUCUCGUUGCGUGAGAUGUAAAGAAACGCCUGUAUAAAUGACAAAGUUCUGCAGUGUCUGCGUUAACGUGGUGCUCCUGUAGGUACGAAUUUUUGUUAGUUAGGAAAUGCAUAACUUUUGGCUCAUCAUAUAAAGAUGUACCGAGGAUUUUCAGCUGUAUUUUAUAUGAUAUCAAACAAAAUGUUAUCCAUUUUAUUAUUGGUUAA